GCAUUUAUAUGUGGAGCUGCCAAGGACAUAUAUACAUAAUCAUUGACACAAAUUCUUUAAGUGUGGAAGUGUUUGUGCAAAUGCUAACAUUUAAAGUAUAUUUAUAGAGAGGAGAUCGUAAAACGGAUAGAACAUCAGGACUUGUGAACAAUGAAUGUGGAUCCAGCAUUUCGUAGUGUACUGAAGGGGAAGUCUGGAUUCUACAUAUGGAGGAUAGAGGACAUGAAAGUAGUAGCUGUUCCCCGGGAACAAUAUGGCAGCUUCUACAAAGGUGACUCCUACAUCAUCCUCUCUUUGUCAGAAGAGGGAGACCUGAAAGGUGUCAAUAUUAAGGUUAAGGAAAUUAAGGGUACACUGGACGCAAACAUUCACUUCUGGCUAGGCUCGGAGACAACACAGGAUGAAGCGGGUGUGGCAGCCUACAAAACUGUAGAACUGGAUGAUUACUUGGGAGGGGCACCUGUUCAACACCGAGAGGUCGAAGGUCAUGAAUCAAAAGGUUUCCUCAGUUACUUCAAGUCCAAAGGUGGAGUCAGGUAUGCAGACGGCGGUCACAAGUCCGGAUUUAACCAUGUGGAACACAAAUUUAAACAGAGACUACUACAUGUCAAAGGAAAACACCAUGUUAGAGUGUCUGAGACUCCUAUUGAAUGGUCAUCUAUGAACCAUGGUGACGCAUACAUCUUAGAUACAGGGAGAGUCUUGUUUGUGUGGGUUGGAAAAGAGGCCAGUCGUACUGAAAGAAUUAAGGAUUUAGAACAUGCACGUCAGUUGAGGGAUGAGAGGGGAAAGGCUAACAUCGUGGUAGUGGAGGACGAUCAAGAAAAAGAAUUGAUCAAAGAGGAAUUAGAGGAAUUUGAAAAGCACCUGCCUUUGAGUUCCAAAGGUCAAAUUAAGUCAAAAGAAGAAGGGGGUUUAGAUGAAACUGCAGAGAGGAAGGGCAGUACUGAACUGAAACUCUACGUCUGCUCAGAAGAUGAGGGUACGCUCAAAGUCUCAGAGGUCAAAAGUGGACCUCUUUUGAAGACUGACCUUGACUCCUCUGAAUCCUACAUCAUUGACAAUGGUAGCUCAGGUAUCUGGGCAUGGAUUGGAAAAAAAUCAUCAAAGAAAGAAAGAUCUGAAGCCAUGAGGAAUGCUUUGGGUUUUAUCAAGAAGAAGAACCUACCAACAAGCACCAGUGUCACUCGUGUUGUGGAAGGCGGUGAACCUUCGGAUUUCAAAUGUCUCUUCAAAGACUGGCCCCAACCUCCCAUCUCUGGCAAAGUGUACAGCCGCAACAGAAUUGCUAAAACAAUCCAGACAAAAUUUGAUGCAUCCACUCUCCACAAUGACCAACAACUCGCUGCCGAGACACAGAUGUUUGACGAUGGAUCAGGACGUGUCGAGGUAUGGAGGGUGAAGGACUUUGAUUUGGAGCCAAUCCAUUCCCGGUACAUGGGGCAGUUCUUCGCUGGGGACUGCUAUGUUAUACAGUACACAUACAAAGUGUCUGGGAAGGACAACCAUGUCAUCUAUUACUGGCAGGGAUCCAAGUCCACCACAGACGAGAAAGGAACGUCUGCACUGAAGGCAGUGGAGCUGGAUGAUAAACUAGGAGGAGCUGCAGUUCAGGUCCGUGUGGUUCAGGGUAAAGAGCCAGCCCACUUCAUGUCUAUGUUUGAUGGCAAAAUGAUCAUCUUUGCUGGUGGUCACGCUGGCUGGGGGGGACAACAGAACAACAAUGCUGAGGGGCCGGGAGACAGCUACAUGCUUCAGGUCAGGGGAACCAACCAACUCAACACCAAAGCUGUUCAGGUUGAAAUGGAUGCUUCAUCUCUGAACACCAAUGAUGUUUUUGUUGUUUUCACUAAAACUCAAGUGUUCAUAUGGUGUGGAAAAGGCAGCACAGGAGAUGAGAGAGAAAUGGCAAAGAAAGUGACCAGCAGAUCUCCGAGAGAGCCGGUCAUGGUGUUUGAAGGGCAGGAGAAGGACAACUUCUGGAAUGUUCUGGGAGGAAAGAAACCUUACGUCAAUGAUAAGAGGCUUCAGGAGGUGGAGACCAACCACCCUGCCCGCCUGUUCCAAAUGUCCAAUGCCUCCGGCCGCUUCACCGUGGAUGAGAUUCCGGACUUCAGCCAGCAGGACCUGGUCACUGAUGAUGUCAUGAUUUUGGAUGUCUGGGAUACGGUGUACGUGUGGAUUGGAGGCGGAGCUAAUAAACAGGAGAGGGAUGAGGCCGAGAGACUGGCCAUUGAUUAUGUGAAGACUGAUCCUGCAGGGAGAGAUGCAGAUACUCCAGUAUACAAGAUUAAACAGGGUUAUGAACCGCCCACAUAUACUGGCUUCUUUGGAAUGUGGGACAGAGAUCUGUGGAGUAAGGGAAAAUCCUUUGAGGAGCUGAAGAAAGAGCUAGGAGAAGGAAACGAGGCCAUGUCUCUUGUGAAGCAGGUAGCAGAAAAUGGUUCAAUGGACUUUCAGGAUGUGUCCAAGUUUAGCUAUGAUCAGCUGACUGUUCCCUCAGAGGAACUGCCACCAGGAGUCGAUCCAUCGUGUAGAGAGAUCCAUCUUAGCAAUGAAGACUUUGAAAAGAUUUUCCAGAUGAAAUACUCAGAUUUCAUUUCUAAAGCACCAUGGAAACAACAAGAUUUGAAGAAGAAAUUUAGAUUAUUCUAGUAGAACAUUCCAUAUUUUAAUCAUAAUUUUACAUUGCUCAUUAUGUACCAAAAUGUGUAUGCAUUAGACACCACUUAGUGUAUAAAGCUAUCUAGAGCUGAAACUGGACCUUAUAGGGUAAUUAUCAAUGCUUAAAAUGUUCCGCUUUUGUGGUGUUACACUCUGUUUAAAAUCUACAGUGUAAUAUUUAAAAAAUCUCGGUGUUGUGAAAUGCACCUGACAUUUUCUCAUACCAUGUAUCCCCAUAUUGACUGGAUCUAAGAUACCAAAAUACAACACUGCUGUUUGUUACUUAGUUAUCAAAUUAAGAACUUGAAUGUCAGUUAUUUACUAAAGAUUAUUUAUACACAAAUUUGUAAACUUUAUUUUCUAUAUUGUCAUGCAACUUUUUUGUCAUAUCAAGAUUUAAGUUGUGAACAAGUGUGUAUACUGUAUUAGUUUUGUUGCCAAAUAAUUUGGAACUUAAGCCCCCCCCCCCCCCCCCCCCCUCCUAUUUUUUAUUAUUGGUCUGUUUGUUCCUUGGGUUUGUUAUCAAUUAUUUUUAUAAGUACGGUAUCUUUGAUAUUUUACACACACUAUAUUUACUCUAACAUUCCUAUAUUUUUUUUUGAAAUUGUUAUUAUAUACAUUUUUGUCCAGUAUAGAACGAUUUUGCAUAAAUAUGUUCAUGAGGUUGUCAAUUAAAUAAAUGGAAAGUUUAUUCCUAUUACAUUUUAAGUGAAGAUAUAAUAUUUGUUACGCAUAUUACUCAAGAGUGUUAUAUUUAUGGGUGUGAGACUUAAAGCAUGAUACUAAAGAUUAUUACCUUAAAGAUGACUGAAAAUUUUACUUUAUUAAAUCGGAGAAAUUUGGCAUCAAACACAAACCAGUGUGUGACAUUAUUGUUGAGGUUCAGGGUAAAAUGGUGUGGCAUUACAGCUGAUAAUGACUACUUUAUUGGACUAUGUGAAUGAUCAGCAUUGCUCUUAAUUUCUAACAUAAGCUGAAGUAAAUGGCUUUGCCUAAGUCUUCCAAAACUGAAUAAAAGAUCUGAUACUUUCUGUUGAUAGUUUAUGGUGUAUUAAGCUAUUUAUUGGUGUUUCUUGGUUCAUUUCUUAUACAUGUACACUUUAAACAUUCCUUGCAAAUAGAAUCAAAUAUUUGUUACUUUUAAAUUUCAUAAUAUUUUUUAUUCAUACACAGGUGAUUUAUUUGCUGCUGAUUUUCAGAUUUAUUUAUACCUAUAGUUUGCAUUGAUAUUUUGUCUGUGCAGUUUACAUUUAUAGAACUUUUAGUGUGCAAUUUAAGCUAUUCAUGAGUUACACUUUAAUAAUUGUAAAUAACUAGCAAUAUGAAUUGGGGAUGGUAGAUUUGACCUGUAUAUUUGUAACCAGAAUUUUUGUCCUAGAACUGUAUUGUAGGUUUCACUGUGUCUCUUUCAAUGUCAUUUUACAUUUCAUUACGUGAUGAACUUUAUAUAUAAAUGUACAUUAUGAAAUGAA